ACCCUGUCUGAGUGUUAUAUCAUGUUCCUGGAUUAUUACUGAUUUAUUUUAUUUAUUGCUGUAGCUGUAGGAGUUAAAGGAUAGGUUUGCAAUUUUUCAAGUCUAUCUUAAAACAAUGGUCAGGUGCCCAAAUAAACAUUUAAACAGGUUUUUCUUGCCAUAAUCAUUCCCCUGCUCAUACUGUUCAUUAGAAGAUAAGUGACGGAGGUCAAAAAAAAAAAAGUUAAUUUGAAAAAUGUAUGUUAAUAUGCUUUGUGCACGGCUUGAGGAUUGUGGAUUUUGUCCCCCAUAAUUUAGCGUACAUUUUAAGCACUUUAGGAAUAAAUUGUUAAUAACCAGUAUGAACAGGUGGAAUGAUUGCAGAAAGAAAAAACAAUUUCAAUGUUCAUUUGGGCACCAAUUCACAAAUUGUGAACCUGUCUUUUAAUCUGUAACAGUGCAUUAGAGUUAAGAUAAUGGAAUCAUUUGUAUGUAAAAUCCUAUGCCUGUUUAGUUACUUUGUUUCCACCUGUGAUUAUUAGAAUAUCAGCAAGAUAUCCACAUUUUCGUGGGUUUUAAAGCAGGAAAUGGAAGCUUACAGGGAGUCCUUAAAGGCAGCAUGAUGUGUUUCCACUGAAUAGUUAAUAUCUCUGUUGGCCGUCCUUUUCCUUCUCCUCCCACUCAGCCAAACCAAUAUAAACAUUUCUGAACAGUGGGGAUACUCCCCAACUAUCCAUCCUCGUUAGGGCACCUCGGACACUAACAAAGAUGGCUCAAACCGACAGUCAAAGUGCAGCUUUCCCUGAAAUAGUGGAGCUAAACGUGGGCGGCCAGGUGUAUGUGACCCGGCUGGAAACUCUCACAGCGGUCCCCAACUCUCUCCUGUGGCUGAAGUUCACUCAGAGCUCCCCGGGCGACCUGCCAAAAGACAGCAAGGGCCGCUUCUUUUUCGACCGGGACGGCUUUCUGUUCCGCUACAUUUUGGACUACUUGCGGGACUCUGAGCUUUUUCUACCCGAGUUUUUCAAAGAGAGGAGGAGGCUGCAGAAAGAAGCGGACUUCUUCCAGCUGCCGGAGCUGUCGAGGCGCGUCGCAGCUGCCAGCAAAGACAGCUCCUACGCGGAGGACGGCGGGGAGCCGGACGAGACUGAACUCGCCAGCCCGGCCACCUCCUCCUCGGACAAAGCCCUGCGCUCUCCUGGGGCCAGCGCCGGUUACAUCACUGUGGGGUACCGAGGCAGCUACACUAUUGGGAGAGACAUUCAGGCUGAUGCCAAAUUCCGCAGAGUUGCCAGAAUAACUGUCUGCAGCAAAAUCUCUCUGGCUAAAGAGGUUUUUGGGGAAACCCUAAAUGAGAGCCGAGACCCCGACCGACCCCCUGACAAGUACACCUCCAGGUAUUACCUCAAGUAUAACUUCUUGGAGCAGGCGUUUGACCGGCUGGCCGAGACUGGUUUCCACAUGGUGGCCUGCAACUCCACUGGGACCUGCUCAUACGCCAGUAAUGACCCGGGGGAGGACAAACUGUGGACCAGUUACACCGAGUAUGUUUUCUCCCGAUGAACUGACCGGUACAGGAGGACUGCGUUCAUGCUCAUGACUUAUAUCAACAAACACAGGGAAUAAUCAUCAAUUAUAUAACAUGUAUUAACCUCCCCAAACUGGCAAUUUCACUUUGUUUUUGUCUCUCUGUGUUCAGUUGGAUCAGGCUGCAGCCACAGUUAACUUUUCUGCCAUUUUCCCUUCUGUUCAGCAAGAAGAGGAAGAGGACUCACAAAGUCAGACAAACAUACAUCUCAUUGGUUAAAGAGGAGCAAAGACAAAAUGACUUUUUCGUGAUGUGUCACUGGGUUAUUUUUAUGGGCCUUGUGGCCUUGUGUCCUUUCUGGUGUUCAACAGUGACAGAGACUGUUUUGUUCUCUAAGUAGAUGACAGGAGGCUGGAGGGUUACUCAGGGUGGCAGAAAUGUUAGGAGCUGGUUUCUUUGAUCCCUACUGAGCUGUGCUUGCUUGUCAAGGCUACCGAUGUUCUGCACGCAUUAACAAGGAAUUAACUUUAAAUUUGCCUGAUGUUUGGUCUGGUUUUGACCUGCAGCUCCUCCUGUAUUCUCUUGCACUCUAAAGUCUUAACUUUGAAGGAUUUUGUGGUUAAGGAAGAUGAUAUAUGCUUCUUUGGUAUGAUACUUUUAAUAUAUUGCUCAAUAUAGUGCGAUAAUAUCGACCACACAUUCAGUUUCGCUGAUUUCAAGAUAACACGUUGUGACAUGUUAUUUCACAGUGCUACACUAUGUGCCAUCUAUGAUCUCUUGUCAUUUUUUUUCUUUAAUUAUGUUACAGCAAAUAAAGUGUGACAUGUUAACACUAA